ACAAAAUAGAGGUGGGUCAAAGCGAAGGAAUUCACUUUGAAGCAGAACCAGGAAGUUAACAACAAGAGCCUCGGACGUCGGCUCUGGAAGAGCUAGAAAACAUUAGAUUUUUCACCGAACUACGGGCUGAAGGAAAGGGGGGAGAAAAAAAAAAGUGACAUUUAACAGAUUUUGUGGGCAGUCUGCGUCAUCACUGUGGACGUGUGGUUUCCCCAUUUUUGAAAAAGAAAUAUGGAACAUAACAUGGAGCGGGGCGAGAAGGAGAAGGAGGAAGAGGAGGAGGAGGUGGUGGAGCAGAACCGGGUGAAGGCUCUGCAGUCGCAGGUGGACGGGGUGAAGGACAUCAUGACCCAGAACGUGGACCGCAUCCUGGCACGCGGAGAGAGGCUGGACGAUCUGAUGGACAAAACAGAGGACCUCCAGGCUGGGGCCCAGAACUUCAAGCACACGUCUCAGAAGGUGGCCCGCUCGUACUGGUGGAAGAACGUGAAGCUGGUGGUGGUGAUCGUGGUGAUCGUGCUGGUCAUCCUGCUGAUCAUCAUCCUGCUCGCCACGGGGGUCAUCCCCACCAGCAGCCCCACCCCCCCGUCCCCCACCCGCGCGCCCUGAGAGAAACUGACCCCCCCCCCCCCCCCCCCCCUGCCAAUACCAGCUCCCCCAAAAUCCACUCGGACCUGUAUCCAGUCCAGCCGUUCCCACAGUCCCCCAGGCCAGCCCAGAUCUACGCACGCGAGCAAUGCAAAUGCAUAUUCACAAGUGUACAAACCAGUACACUUUGAAGUGCAGGCAUAGUCCCCUCCUUUAGAAAUGUACAUUGGUAUGUUUCACACCUGGCCACAAAAAUACCAAGCAUUUCCUCCCGAGGCUUCCUGAGCUUUUAAUACCACUUUUAAACACUAGAUGGUGAAAUUACCCCAAUCCAGAGAGCCUAUAAAUGACUAUACAGCCUGGUUUUUAUUGCAGAUAGAUAGGUGAGCCUAAUUUGUAUUUAUAUAUCAGCUGUCAUUGAUUUAUGGAAAAGGGGGUCUAGAAUCAAGACCGAAAUAUGUUAGUUCAAGAAGCUUCUCCUCAGCCAUGUGCUUAUCUGAUGUUGGCCUAGAUCAGCGCUGCUCAACUCCAGGUCCUGUGGGCUGCAGUGUCUGCAGGUAUUUGCUCCAACCGUGCGCUAAACCACUAUGUUACCUGCUUGGUGCAGAUAAUAAACUAAUGAGUGAAAUCAGGCGGUGUAGCGCAGGGUAGGAGCAAAUACCUGCAGACACUGCGGCCCGCAGGACGUGGAGUUGAGUUACGCUGGCCUAGCACAAGGGAAGUGGUAAUCUUAAUUUAACCUGUUCAAUUAGUCAGCACAAGCACUCAUAUUGAGACCUUGUGGCAAUUGCCAUUUUAACUUCAGUUCACGGACUGUACAGCCUUCUGACCCAUCUUUUGAAGGACGAGCAUCGGUGACUGAGUGAAUGGUUUCAGUUGCCACACAAAUUUAAUACGAGAUAUUAGUUGGUAUGUAAGUUUAACCAAAACACGGUGCAUUUUAGAAUUAAAUUAGCAAGGAGCUCCAGUUGUUGUUUGAGUUGUGAUGAGGCACUUUAUGGUGCCACUGAUCCACACUGCUGAGGAGGGCUGGGGGGCACGGAGUGGCCACAUGAACAUAAGUUAAUAGGGAAUCGUAGUGAAAAUGUAUUAGAGGGAAUGUAUGCAAUGAGAACAGUCAUACUGUUUUGUGUUUUCUUUUUUUCUUUUUUUAUUUGUAGGUUUUUUGUUUCCCCCCCCCCCCUCUCCCCACUUUGUUGCUAUGUGCUUCAGCCCAAACCCCUCCCCCCCCACCACCACCUGAUCAUGUGACCAAUGCAGCCUAUCAGGUGGGAGGCUGGGCUACUCGUCCUCUGCGUCUGUGCGCUUGAUUGGCUCUUCCUGUGCCUCUGCGUCUGUGCGCUUGAUUGGCUCUUCCUGUGCCUCUGCGUCUGUGCGCUUGAUUGGCUCUUCCUGUGCCUCUGCGUCUGUGCGCUUGAUUGGCUCUUCCUGUGCCUCUGCGUCUGUGCGCUUGAUUGGCUCUUCCUGUGCCUCUGCGUCUGUGCGCUUGAUUGGCUCUUCCUGUGCACCCGUCUCUCUGGGUGACGACUGAGCUUGCAUGCGUGCUGUGUCUCGGGACAGGAGCGCAAAUCUAGGAUCCGUUUCCCCGCUUGGCUCGUAAUGGGUACGGAUGGGAUGCGGACCGCGGGGAAACUGAUCCCAGAUCUGCGCUUCUCCUCCGGGACACUUUGUGCUGCUGUGCUCUGAGGCUCCUCGUCUGCUCUGACGGUGAAGCCCUUCACCUCCUCUACCCCUGCAGAGAGCUCUGACCGAGCAGGGGUGCUCCCCGGUACCGCUGUCGUUUCCUCCACUCCGUGGGUAAGCGCGGCAGGUUGAGGAAAGGAGGGAUACCUGUUUGGAGUAUUGGGAUGCACCCCUCCGCCAUCUCCCAGUACUCCAGGUGAAGUUAUAGCUGAGAAAUCUGCGAUUUACAACAACAGCGGUAUAGCUGUGAACCUCCAGUCCUCUAGGGGGCACUGCAAUGGGGAAGAUGUAGUCGGAUCAUUAGCUUCUGAUUUCAUCGCCCUGCCUUAAGCUCGUCGUUCAGGUUCAAUAUGCCUGUGUGUGCUGAACGAUUGUCCCUAGAAGGGGCUAAGCACCAUGGGCAUAGGAAACCUGAUGGCCGUAAUGUCCCAUAUCGAGUGGCUGAUUGGCAGGAUUAACGCAGCGCGUCGUUAACUGAGCGGUACGUCCGUCCUUUCUAGGGCGGCCAUCUUGUGAUGACUGCGCAGAGCCAGACCGGAUCGGGCCAACAUCCGGCCUGUUAAAAAAAAAAAAAAAAAAAAAAAAAAAAAACACUGCCUGUUUUUCGUAGCCCUUUGAAAGUCGGAGGUGGGCACGGUUGCCGUUUUGGAUGUGCAUGUUCGCCAAGACUCUUAGCUGUGCGACCGUUGCAUUGUCAGCCUGGCUUUUGCAAGGUCAAGAAAUCAUCCCCUGUGCUUGUGUAUGGCUGAAGACUGUCCGUGUAUAUUUGUGAACGUACCGCCUCUAAAUCCUUCGGCUGUUCGGAUCAGAGUUUAUUUAUGUUUUAUUAUUAUCGGAAAAUUCUUAAUGAAAUUAAAAUGCAUUUUAUUCUGUCUGAUUACUGUAACUCUUUCAAGUGGCCCUUUCAAUAAUAAAACCAUAAGAUGAUAAUAAUAAUAAACCAUAAGAAAUCAAGCUGCAACACAGUAGGUUCUACGAUUGUUGCCCUCUAAGUAAUUUGACUUGUGUCAGUUCCCACAGAAAGAUGUUUAUUUUGUCCUGAAACACAUUUGAAAUGUUUGCCUAAAAUGGUUUUCUUAAAAAUAUUAUUUUGAUCCUUAAUUGCCCCUUUUCAACUGCCCCACAAUAUACAGUCACAUAAGUUUGACCAGCUACAAGUAAUCUAUUCUAUUUAAUCAUAUGUUGGGCGAGUACUUUGGGUUCUUUGGCCAGUCAUGGUUUCCAUAGGUUUUUAUUUUGCAUUAAAAAAAAAAAAAGUAUAUGAAUGAGAAGUCUAUGAUAAGCUGUGUCUGAUUGUGCAAUAAAUAGUAUUUGCCUACA